AUGAGUCUGAAUCGCCAGGAAGCAACCCGUCAUGACGGGUCAGAUGGCGUUGACAAAAGUGCUUUGUCGAAAAUCUCGCAAUUAGAGGCACCCACUUCGACUCAGGAAACAUAUCCGAGAAGCUCCCUCCUGCACGGAGCUAGAGUUGCAGUCGCCGAGCCCGUUACGGCAGCUUUCCUAGCUGGGGGAGUAGCUGGCGCUGUAUCGAGAACCAUCGUAUCGCCGCUCGAACGUUUGAAAAUUCUUCUUCAGAUCCAAAGUGUCGGGAGGGAGGAAUACAAACUAUCAAUCUGGCAGGCCCUAAAAAAGAUUGGACGGGAGGAAGGCUGGCGAGGCUUUUUGCGGGGAAAUGGCACGAACUGUAUACGGAUUAUCCCGUACUCAGCGGUGCAGUUCGGCAGUUAUAAUUUCUAUAAAAGGUUCGCUGAGCCUUCGCCUGAUGCGGAUUUGACGCCAAUACGCCGACUCAUUUGUGGAGGGGCGGCUGGGAUAACCUCAGUCAUUGUAACCUAUCCCCUUGAUUUGGUCCGUACAAGGCUGUCCAUACAAUCUGCCUCUUUUGCGGCUCUCAAGCGUGAUAGCGCCGGCGAGAAGUUGCCGGGAAUGUUUACGACCAUGGUUUUAGUCUAUAAGAAUGAGGGCGGCUUUUUAGCGCUUUACCGUGGUAUCAUUCCAACCGUAGCCGGUGUUGCCCCUUAUGUUGGCUUGAACUUUAUGACAUACGAAUCAGUUCGUAAAUAUUUGACUCCUGAAGGGGACUCCACACCCAGUGCUCUUCGCAAAUUGCUGGCCGGUGCCAUCUCAGGGGCUGUGGCACAAACAUGCACCUAUCCCUUCGAUGUCCUCCGAAGGCGUUUCCAGAUCAACACGAUGUCCAAUAUGGGCUACCAAUAUGCUUCAAUCUUCGACGCCGUAAAAGUGAUUGUGGCCGAAGAGGGUGUCCGCGGUCUCUUCAAGGGAAUCGCGCCGAACCUCCUUAAAGUUGCUCCCAGCAUGGCGAGCAGUUGGCUCAGCUUUGAGCUCACCCGGGAUUUUUUAUUGAGCUUUGACGAAAGGUGA